CCCGGAUAUCCCUCCCCCCCCCGAAGAACUCUCACAAGGGGUAUUUACUUUAACCCCUCCCCCACUUUGGAGAAGAGAGAUAAUGCCGGUUUGGUUGGAUGCGAGUAGUUCCGAGGACAGAAGCGCUGAAACAUCGCGAACUCGGCAGGGAACAUGGAAGGUACGCUUAACGAUUUACGCAAUUGGAUAUGUAUGCACGACCCUAAAUUGACACGAAUGCUUGAUUGUUGGAAGGUUUUCUCACAAGGCUGUCCAGCGUAUCGCCAGAGGGGACUGUUCGUUCGCCCGAAUGAAAACCCUAGCUCCUUUGUUUCGUAACCCUUAGUAAAUGGUUCUAUAAAGGCUUGUCAAAACCUCCUGGAUCUAUGUGGAAGUAUCUCUCUCGACGCUCUCGGUUUUUCUCGAAUGUCAGACUGACGGCUCAUUUAUGUAAUUCUGUCUGGCGCAGCCUCCUCGCCUUUGAUACAAUAUCCGUGUACGUGCGGCGCAGCACUCGCAACCGCACCAUCUCGACGGUAUUUACUUAUCACCCCCCCUUUCCCCCCCCCCCCCCCCCCGGGGCUCUAAGGACCUGCCUACCCUCCAACAAGGCUUUGAUUGGCGACUCUCAAACAAACAUGCCUGCAACCGCCGGGCUGAACGCCGCCAUCUACAAGGGGACAAGGACACCGGCGUCUCCACGCACUGGCUGCUCUUCAUCGUCGACGGGCCCAGCGAGGCAGAGAAGUUCAUUCUCCAGGCCAACGGCGGGCUGCGCAGGCAACUACCGCUUCUUCGAGAUGGAAAAAAAACCUCGACGCCUACAAGCUGCUGAAUCUCUCGGCGAUGGUCCACCCGUGCGACGUGGACGUGGAUACCAUAGAGAUCAGCGCGAUUGCCGCCGUUUGCCAAAACUGCGGCUACCCCCCCCGGUCAUGGAUACCCUGGGGGGUAUAGCUGUCGGGACUCUGUGCUUGAUCUGCUGAGUGGGUUGGAGGAGAAGAAUAUUAUCGAUGGUAAUGAUGCGGGGUAUAAGAUGAGUAAGGAGGUUGUUAAGAGCAGAGAGGAAGGGUUGGCGUGAAUGGGGCUGCAGGGGGUUUGUGUGUGUGUGUGUUCAAGUGUUCUGAUCAUUGAAAUAUGGUAUGAUAUGUUGUUCUCCUGGUGUUGCUCAUUUUUUAUUAUUCAAAUCCCCCCCCCCUCUCUCCCUGGUGAAUAUGAGGAUGAAUCUCUCUGACUGGCCACCCAUAACUCCUUGCUCUGAAAUUCAGCCUUGAGUUUGUUUUCUCUGUUCUCUCUCAAUUUGUUAUCACAGAGUCUGUAGUAUUUGAAAUUUUUCUUUAGCUUUUGUCUGUUUGUCACAAGCGUCACUGUUUGAUAUCUUGAGAGAGUAAUGUUAAAAUGGAACAUAAGCACAAGCUUCCCAUGAUUAGGGAUAAGCAAGAGAAUUAAGAGAAAGUACGUAGAAGAAAAAUUGAAGAAGUAAAGUAAAG